GUGAGGGCGGACGCAAGGCAAGGCAAAGCGAGGGACAGACAGACAGCGUGUGCAGUGGUAGCAGGUGGUAGUAGCAGUCUCCGCUGAGAGAGAGAGAGAGAGAGAGAGAGAGAGAGAGAGAGAGAGAGAGAGAGAGAGACGAGCGGUGAAAAUAAGAAAACAAUUUGGAGCCAUUGUCCCUUCGGAGAGACGGGAGAGACGGGGAAACGAGGGAGCACUGUUAAACGAUAGGAGCAGAGAGAAGGAAAAGCCAGGAUGAUUUUGGGAGGUAUAAACCGUGCAGGGGCGAUGCCUGCGUUCCUGCGGACCCCCACUAUGAUCCAGCCACACCUGGAUAUGAAGCCCUUCCUCCAGUUCCCCAUGGACACAGCUCCACCACAACACAGCAUGGGCCUGUUUCACAACUUCAACACUAUGGACCCAGUGCAGAAGGCGGUGAUCAACCAUACCUUCGGCAUUCCACUGGUGAAAACCAAGAGGCCCAUCAUCUCUUGUAACGUCUGCCAGAUACGCUUCAACUCUGAGAGCCAGGCAGAAGCACACUACAAAGGCAACCGACAUGCACGGAGAGUCAAAGGCAUCGAGACCUCCAAGAGUCGCCCCCAGGAGGGUGACAAGUCGGGCCGACCUGUCUCCCUCACCUCUCCAUCCCUCCCUGGUGAACCCCCUACCUCCGCCCCUGACAUCAGCGACCCCUGUAACCCAGAUGAACCACGCCUCUCUCUGCCACCACUGUUAAACGGGGGGCCUCUCAUGGCCCCGCCUGGGCCCCUACCCCCCCUGCCUCCCCUCUCCACCCACGACUCCCCCCUUGCCUCCUCCGUGUAUCCCAUGCUGACCACCCCCACCCUCACGCCUUCUCCCCUUCUCCCCUCAUCCUCUGACUACCCCGUGGGUUUCAACACCACCAUCCCUGAGCAGAGUGGUGUUCCACUGGCCCCUGUGGCUCCCGGGACCCCAGCCGGCCCAGAGACAGAGGAGGACAAGGUCAAGAAGCUCCUCUACUGCUCACUGUGCAAAGUGUCCGUCAACUCCCUCUCACAGCUGGAGGCUCACAACAAAGGCACCAAACACAAAACUAUCCUGGAGGCUCGCAGUGGGCUGGGUCCUAUCAAGGCGUACCCUCGGCUGGGCCCCAAACCCCCGGGGGAGCUGGGAGGGGGUCCACUGGACCCCAACACUGAGGAACGCACCUUCCACUGUGAGAUCUGCAACGUGAGGGUCAACUCUGAACUGCAACUCAAACAGCACAUAUCUAGUCGAAGGCACCGGGACGGAGUGGCAGGGAAACCUAACCCUCUUCUCAGCCGACACAAGAAGCACAGGGUAGCUGACCUCACGUCCUCUCUGAACUUCUCUAAGGAUCUCUCCAAAUGUUUGGGGGCAGGGCUCUUGCCCAGUCCCUUGGCUGUUGCUGCGGCGAUGGCUGCAGCCGCUUCCUCGAACCACCAAUUGGCUCAGCUUCGUGCUGCAGCAGCGUCUUCGGCCCAGCACCACCCGCAUCACCACCACCACCACCUAUUACAGGGCCCACCUCUCAGCCAUGCCAUCUUAAGACCCGCCCCCGGGCCCAUGCGCACCUCCCACGUGCCAAUCCUCUUCUCUCCUUACUGACUCCACCUCCUCCACCUCGGCCAGUCAGGAGCAGGCACUACAAAAGCACACUGUGAAUAAAUAAAUGUAUAGGGUAAACAAACAAACCAUCGGUAAACAAAGAAACAUGUAGAUGAGAAGAAAUUAAAGGGAAGAGUGCACCUGAAAGAAGGAGAUGGAGUCCCUCGUUUUCCUUUUUCCCUGAGCUAAAACUCUCCUUCCAUCUCAGAGGCUUGUGACUGUGAGUGAUAGACUGAUGGAGAGAGAAGGAGAGAGAGGGCAAUAGGAGGAGAGAUACUCAGUAUGCAUUGGAUGGACUGCAGUAUGCUUGUUCAUCUCUCACCUCUCUCUCCCCACACACUGUGAGAUCCAUCACACUGAUGGCUCUUAUAAAACACACACACACACACACACACACACACACACACACACACACACACACACACACACACACACACACACACACACACACACACACACACACACACACACACACACACACAUACACACACACACACACCUCUAUUGCAACUAACUUUCAGUACAGUAUGUGAUGGGUAUACAUACUCUUUCCUCAUCAUUCUGGUCUUAAGUGUUCUUACUGUACUAUGCACCUCCAAACCAAGAGAAUAAUGUCACUGCAGUAUGUCAGUUCAGAGAGAAUAAUGUCAGUGUAUGUCAGUUCAGAGAGAAUAAUGUCACUGCAGUAUGAAAGUUCAGAGAGAAUAAUGUCACUGCAGUAUGUCAGCACAGAGAGAAUAAUGUCACUGCAGUAUGUCAGUUCAGAGAGAAUAAUGUCACUGCAGUAUGUCAGCACAGAGAGAAUAAUGUCACUGCAGUAUGUCAGUUCAGAGAGAAUAAUGUCACUGCAGUAUGUCAGCACAGAGAGAAUAAUGUCACUGCAGUAUGUCAGUUCAGAGAGAAUAAUGUCACUGCAGUAUGUCAGCACAGAGAGAAUAAUGUCACUGCAGUAUGUCAGUUCAGAGAGACUAAUGUCACUGCAGUAUGUCAGCACAGAGAGAAUAAUGUCACUGCAGUAUGUCAGUUCAGAGAGAAUAAUGUCACUGCAGUAUGUCAGCACAGAGAGAAUAAUGUCACUGCAGUAUGUCAGUUCAGAGAGAAUAAUGUUACUGCAGUAUGUCAGUUCAGAGAGAAUAAUGUUACUGCAGUAUGUCAGUUCAGAGAGAAUAAUGUCACUGCAGUAUGUCAGCACAGAGAGAAUAAUGUCACUGCAGUAUGUCAGAGAGAAUAAUGUCACUGCAGUAUGUCAGCACAGAGAGAAUAAUGUUACUGCAGUAUGUCAGAGAGAAUAAUGUCACUGCAGUAUGUCAGUUCAGAGAGAAUGUCACUGCAGUAUGUCAGUUCAGAGAGAAUGUCACUGCAGUAGGUCAGUACAGAGAGAAUAAUGUUACUGCAGUAUGUCAGUUCAGAGAGAAUAAUGUCAAUGCAGUAGGUCAGCACAGAUAUAAUAAUGUCACUGCAGUAUGUCAGUUCAGAGAGAAUAAUGUCACUGCAGUAUGUCAGUACAGAGAGAAUAAUGUCACUGCAGUAUGUCAGUACAGAGAGAAUAAUGUUGCUGCAGUAUGUCAGCACAGAGAGAAUAAUGUCACUGCAGUAUGUCAGUUCAGAGAGAAUAAUGUCACUGCAGUAUGUCAGAGAGAAUAAUGUCACUGCAGUAUGUCAGCACAGAGAGAAUAAUGUUACUGCAGUAUGUCAGAGAGAAUAAUGUCACUGCAGUAUGUCAGUUCAGAGAGAAUGUCACUGCAGUAUGUCAGUUCAGAGAGAAUGUCACUGCAGUAGGUCAGUACAGAGAGAAUAAUGUUACUGCAGUAUGUCAGUUCAGAGAGAAUAAUGUCAAUGCAGUAGGUCAGCACAGAUAUAAUAAUGUCACUGCAGUAUGUCAGUUCAGAGAGAAUAAUGUCACUGCAGUAUGUCAGUACAGAGAGAAUAAUGUCACUGCAGUAUGUCAGUACAGAGAGAAUAAUGUUGCUGCAGUAUGUCAGCACAGAGAGAAUAAUGUCACUGCAGUAUGUCAGUUCAGAGAGACUAAUGUCACUGCAGUAUGUCAGCACAGAGAGAAUAAUGUCACUGCAGUAUGUCAGUUCAGAGAGAAUAAUGUCACUGCAGUAUGUCAGUUCAGAGAGAAUAAUGUUACUGCAGUAUGUCAGAGAGAAUGUCACUGCAGAAUGUCAGUACAGAGAGAAUAAUGUUGCUGCAGUAUGUCAGCACAGAGAGAAUAAUGUCACUGCAGUAUGUCAGUUCAGAGAGAAUAAUGUCACAGCAGUAUGUCAGAGAGAAUAAGGUUACUACAGUAUGUCAGAGAGAAUAAGGUUACUGCAGUAUGUCAGCACAGAGAGAAUAAUGUUACUGCAGUAUGUCAGCACAGAGAGAAUAAUGUUACUGCAGUAUGUCAGUUCAUAGAGAAUAAUGUCACUGCAGUAUGUCAGCACAGAGAGAAUAAUGUCACUGCAGUAUGUCAGAGAGAAUAAUGUCACUGCAGUAUGUCAGCACAGAGAGAAUAAUGUUACUGCAGUAUGUCAGAGAGAAUAAUGUCACUGCAGUAUGUCAGAGAGAAUAAUGUUACUGCAGUAUGUCAGAGAGAAUAAGGUUACUGCAGUAUGUCAGAGAGAAUAAGGUUACUGCAGUAUGUCAGCACAGAGAGAAUAAUGUCACUGCAGUAUGUCAGAGAGAAUAAUGUUACUGCAGUAUGUCAGCACAGAGAGAAUAAUGUUACUACAGUAUGUCCGCACAGAGAGAAUAAUGUUACUGCAGUAUGUCAGAGAGAAUAAGGUUACUGCAGUAUGUCAGAGAGAAUAAGGUUACUGCAGUAUGUCAGCACAGAGAGAAUAAUGUCACUGCAGUAUGUCAGAGAGAAUAAUGUUACUGCAGUAUGUCAGCACAGAGAGAAUAAUGUCACUGCAGUAUGUCAGCACAGAGAGAAUAAUGUCACUGCAGUAUGUCAGCACAGAGAGAAUAAUGUUACUGCAGUAUGUCAGUUCAGAGAGAAUAAUGUUACUGCAGUAUGUCAGCUCAGAGAGAAUAAUGUCACUGCAGUAUGUCAGUUCAGAGAGAAUAAUGUCACUGCAGUAUGUCAGUUCAGAGAGAAUAAUGUUACUGCAGUAUGUCAGUUCAGAGAGAAUAAUGUUACUGCAGUAUGUCAGCUCAGAGAGAAUAAUGUCACUGCAGUAUGUCAGUUCAGAGAGAAUAAUGUUACUGCAGUAUGUCAGUUCAGAGAGAAUAAUGUCACUGCAGUAUGUCAGCACAGAGAGAAUAAUGUCACUGCAGUAUGUCAGUACAGAGAGAAUAAUGUCACUGCAGUAUGUCAGUUCAGAGAGAAUAAUGUUACUGCAGUAUGUCAGUUCAGAGAGAAUAAUGUCACUGCAGUAUGUCAGUUCAGAGAGAAUAAUGUCACUGCAGUAUGUCAGUUCAGAGAGAAUAAUGUUACUGCAGUAUGUCAGUACAGAGAGAAUAAUGUUACUGCAGUAUGUCAGUUCAGAGAGAAUAAUGUCACUGCAGUAUGUCAGAGAGAAUAAGGUUACUGCAGUAUGUCAGCACAGAGAGAAUAAUGUCACUGCAGUAUGUCAGAGAGAAUAAUGUUACUGCAGUAUGUCAGCACAGAGAGAAUAAUGUCACUGCAGUAUGUCAGCACAGAGAGAAUAAUGUCACUGCAGUAUGUCAGCACAGAGAGAAUAAUGUUACUGCAGUAUGUCAGUUCAGAGAGAAUAAUGUUACUGCAGUAUGUCAGCUCAGAGAGAAUAAUGUCACUGCAGUAUGUCAGUUCAGAGAGAAUAAUGUCACUGCAGUAUGUCAGUUCAGAGAGAAUAAUGUUACUGCAGUAUGUCAGUUCAGAGAGAAUAAUGUUACUGCAGUAUGUCAGCUCAGAGAGAAUAAUGUCACUGCAGUAUGUCAGUUCAGAGAGAAUAAUGUUACUGCAGUAUGUCAGUUCAGAGAGAAUAAUGUCACUGCAGUAUGUCAGCACAGAGAGAAUAAUGUCACUGCAGUAUGUCAGUACAGAGAGAAUAAUGUCACUGCAGUAUGUCAGUUCAGAGAGAAUAAUGUUACUGCAGUAUGUCAGUUCAGAGAGAAUAAUGUCACUGCAGUAUGUCAGUUCAGAGAGAAUAAUGUCACUGCAGUAUGUCAGUUCAGAGAGAAUAAUGUUACUGCAGUAUGUCAGUACAGAGAGAAUAAUGUUACUGCAGUAUGUCAGUUCAGAGAGAAUAAUGUCACUGCAGUAUGUCAGAGGUCUUUGCUAUAAUAAUAAAUGUGUCUAGUCAUGUAUAACUGUGGCAAUACUCCACAUUACUGUAAAUUCCUCUUCCUGCUCUUGGGGGCACAAUCAAAGUGAAAAAGCAACAUUGUUCCUCAUUGGUGGUGACCCCUAGGUUCUCUUCCAAUUGGCCCUGGCCCUGGGUGCUUCUCCAAUUGGUUAAAGGUGACCCUAGGUCCUUCUCCCAUUGGUGGCCCUAUAUGUCCUUGUUAGAGUAUUACUGUGGGUGAUAACAGGCAGUCUCUUCCCGAUGUGUGAAGCGUGGAGGUCAGGGAGAGGAGAAAAUGACUGCAGGGUACUGUGCCCUCCUGUCGUUCCUGUGGCAGUGCUAGGUGAGAGGAGGGCCAGCGCAGAUCAGUAGAGACAUUAAUCUAAUUCACUGUGUAGGAGGCCGAGACAUGCUGCUGUUUGAAAAUAGACUAACAACAAAGAUGUCUGCAUUGGAAAUGUGUCAACCUCUAUAGGGAUAACAGCUAACCUCUAUAGGGAUAACAGCUAACCUCUAUAGGGAUCACAGCUAACCUCUAUAGGAUCACAGCUAACCUCUAUAGGGAUCACAGCUAACCUCUAUAGGGAUCACAGCUAACCUCUAUAGGGAUCACAGCUAACCUCUAUAGGGAUCACAGCUAACCUCUAUAGGGAUAACAGCUAACCUCUAUAGGGAUCACAGCUAACCUCUAUAGGGAUCACAGCUAACCUCUAUAGGGAUCACAUCUAACCUCUAUAGGGAUCACAGCUAACCUCUAUAGGGAUCACAUCUAACCUCUAUAGGGAUCACAGCUAACCUCUAUAGGGAUCACAGCUAACCUCUAUAGGGAUCACAGCUAACCUCUAUAUGGAUCACAGCUAACCUCUAUAGGGAUAACAGCUAACCUCUAUAGGGAUCACAUCUAACCUCUAUAGGGAUCACAGCUAACCUCUAUAGGGAUCACAUCUAACCUCUAUAGGGAUAACAGCUAACCUCUAUAGGGAUCACAGCUAACCUCUAUAGGGAUAACAGCUAACCUCUAUAGGGAUCACAGCUAACCUCUAUAGGGAUCACAGCUAACCUCUAUAGGGAUCACAGCUAACCUCUAUAGGGAUCACAUCUAACCUCUAUAGGGAUCACAGCUAACCUCUAUAGGGAUCACAUCUAACCUCUAUAGGGAUCACAUCUAACCUCUAUAGGGAUCACAGCUAACCUCUAUAGGGAUAACAGCUAACCUCUAUAGGGAUAACAGCUAACCUCUAUAGGGAUAACAGCUAACCUCUAUAGGGAUCACAUCUAACCUCUAUAGGGAUCACAGCUAACCUCUAUAGGGAUAACAGCUAACCUCUAUAGGGAUAACAGCUAACCUCUAUAGGGAUCACAGCUAACCUCUAUAGGGAUCACAGCUAACCUCUAUAGGGAUCACAUCUAACCUCUAUAGGGAUCACAGCUAACCUCUAUAGGGAUCACAGCUAACCUCUAUAGGGAUCACAUCUAACCUCUAUAGGGAUCACAUCUAACCUCUAUAGGGAUCACAGCUAACCUCUAUAGGGACCACAGCUAACCUCUAUAGGGAUCACAUCUAACCUCUAUAGGGAUCACAGCUAACCUCUAUAGGGAUCACAUCUAACCUCUAUAGGGAUCACAUCUAACCUCUAUAGGGAUCACAUCUAACCUCUAUAGGGAUCACAGCUAACCUCUAUAGGGAUAACAGCUAACCUAUAUAGGGAUAACAGCUAACCUCUAUAGGGAUAACAGCUAACCUCUAUAGGGAUCACAUCUAACCUCUAUAGGGAUCACAGCUAACCUCUAUAGGGAUAACAGCUAACCUCUAUAGGGAUAACAGCUAACCUCUAUAGGGAUCACAGCUAACCUCUAUAGGGAUCACAGCUAACCUCUAUAGGGAUCACAUCUAACCUCUAUAGGGAUCACAGCUAACCUCUAUAGGGAUCACAGCUAACCUCUAUAGGGAUCACAGCUAACCUCUAUAGGGAUCACAGCUAACCUCUAUAGGGAUCACAGCUAACCUCUAUAGGGAUCACAGCUAACCUCUAUAGGGAUCACAGCUAACCUCUAUAGGGAUCACAGCUAACCUCUAUAGGGAUCACAGCUAACCUCUAUAGGGAUCACAGCUAACCUCUAUAGGGAUCACAGCUAACCUCUAUAGGGAUCACAUCUAACCUCUAUAGGGAUCACAGCUAACCUCUAUAGGGAUCACAGCUAACCUCUAUAGGGAUAACAGCUAACCUCUAUAGGGAUCACAUCUAACCUCUAUAGGGAUCACAGCUAACCUCUAUAGGGAUCACAGCUAACCUCUAUAGGGAUCACAGCUAACCUCUAUAGGGAUAACAGCUAACCUCUAUAGGGAUCACAUCUAACCUCUAUAGGGAUCACAGCUAACCUCUAUAGGGAUCACAGCUAACCUCUAUAGGGAUCACAUCUAACCUCUAUAGGGAUCACAGCUAACCUCUAUAGGGAUCACAGCUAACCUCUAUAGGGAUCACAGCUAACCUCUAUAGGGAUCACAGCAACCUCUAUAGGGAUCACAGCUAACCUCUAUAGGGAUCACAUCUAACCUCUAUAGGGAUCACAUCUAACCUCUAUAGGGAUCACAGUUAACCCUCAGCACAGGGUAGAGGAG